ACCUGAGGUUCCCGGCGGCCCGUGCGUCGGCGGUGGUUGGGUGGUAAGAUGGCGGCUGUGAGUCUGCGGCUCGGCGACUUGGUGUGGGGGAAACUCGGCAGGUAUCCUCCUUGGCCAGGAAAGAUUGUUAAUCCACCCAAGGACUUGAAGAAACCACGUGGAAAGAAAUGCUUCUUUGUGAAGUUUUUUGGAACAGAAGAUCAUGCCUGGAUCAAGGUGGAGCAGCUGAAGCCGUACCACGCACAUAAAGAGGAGAUGAUCAAGAUUAACAAGGGUAAGCGAUUCCAGCAAGCGGUGGAUGCUGUGGAAGAGUUCCUGAGGAGAGCCAAAGGGAAAGACCAGACCUCGUCCCACAGUUCUGCUGAUGACAAGAAUCGGCGUAAUUCCAGUGAGGAGAGAAGUAGGCCCAACUCAGGCGAGGAGAAGCGCAAGCUCAGCCUGUCUGAAGGGAAGGUGAAGAAGAGCAUGGGAGAAGGGAAGAAGCGGGUGUCUUCAGGCUCCUCAGAGAGAGGCUCCAAGUCCCCUCUGAAAAGAGCCCAAGAGCAAAGUCCCCGCAAGCGGGGUCGGCCCCCAAAGGAUGAGAAGGACCUCACCAUCCCCGAGUCCAGCACCGUGAAGGGCCUGAUGGCUGGCCCCAUGGCCACCUUCAAGUGGCAGCCAACUGUGAGCGAGCCUGUUAAAGAUGCAGACCCUCAUUUCCAUCACUUCCUGCUCAGCCAAACAGAGAAGCCAGCUGUCUGUUACCAGGCCAUCACAAAGAAGUUGAAGAUAUGUGAAGAGGAGACCGGGUCCACCUCCAUCCAAGCUGCAGACAGCACGGCGGUGAAUGGCAGCAUCACACCUACAGACAAAAAGAUAGGAUUUUUGGGCCUUGGUCUCAUGGGAAGUGGUAUCGUCUCCAAUUUGCUGAAAAUGGGUCACACGGUGACGGUCUGGAACCGGACUGCAGAGAAAUGUGAUUUGUUCAUCCAGGAGGGGGCCCGCCUAGGAAGAACCCCCGCUGAAGUUGUUUCAACUUGUGAUAUCACCUUUGCCUGUGUGUCGGAUCCAAAGGCAGCCAAGGACCUGGUGCUGGGCCCCAGUGGUGUGCUGCAGGGGAUCCGCCCUGGGAAGUGCUACGUGGACAUGUCGACAGUGGACGCUGACACAGUCACUGAGCUGGCCCAGGUGAUCGUAUCCCGAGGGGGCCGCUUCCUGGAAGCCCCAGUCUCCGGGAACCAGCAGCUGUCUAACGAUGGGAUGCUGGUGAUCUUAGCGGCCGGAGACAGGGGCUUGUAUGAGGACUGCAGCAGCUGCUUCCAGGCAAUGGGGAAGACCUCCUUCUUUCUAGGUGAGGUCGGCAAUGCCGCCAAGAUGAUGCUGAUCGUGAACAUGGUGCAGGGGAGCUUCAUGGCCACCAUCGCCGAGGGGCUGACCCUGGCCCAGGUGACAGGCCAGUCCCAGCAGACACUCUUGGACAUCCUCAAUCAGGGACAGUUGGCCAGCAUCUUCCUGGACCAGAAGUGCCAAAAUAUCCUGCAAGGAAACUUUAAGCCCGAUUUCUACUUGAAGUACAUCCAGAAGGAUCUCCGCUUAGCCAUCGCACUGGGUGAUGCUGUCAACCACCCCACUCCCAUGGCAGCUGCAGCCAACGAGGUGUACAAAAGAGCCAAGGCGCUGGACCAGUCUGACAACGACAUGUCCGCCGUGUACCGAGCCUAUAUACACUAAGCCCUCAGCCCCGUGCCACCCCCUCCCUCUGACCCCGCUUCCUCACAUGGGUUUGGGGUCCUGGGACUUAGCUCUGGACCAGUCCACCUGUCUCCAUCUCCUUUUAUACAGACUUUUGAGACUCGCCAUCAGCACAGCACACAGUGUCGCUCCUCCUCUGGCGGUCCUGGGGGAGGGGUGCCGGCAGGAUUGGCCCGUGGGAAAGCUCUCGAGCUCGCCGCGGCCCAGACUAGGUGGCUGUGUGUUCACAUGCACACGCACACGCCCCACAUACACUGGCUCUCGCCCCGGGAUAGAAGCUGCCCAGAAACUGCUGCCUGGCUUUUUCCGCCUUCUUCCGAGCUUGUCUGAGAUCCCUUCCAGUUGAGGAGCUAGUCAGCAGUGAGGACCGGAAGCCUUGCCACUGCUUCCCUCAGAGCAGUGAGGCUGUGGUCAUGGUCACAUCCCCCCAGCGGACAACCCCCCCCUCCUCAGAAAGAGGUUCUGGGCCAGGAGGAGCCAGCACAGACUAUUAAACAGAGGGUCCUGUGGGACCUCCAACCUCAGGUGACCAGCUGAUGAGGACCGCAUGUUUAAGCUACCGGUGUGCACCCAACUCUCCAUAAAUGCCUUUGUGAACUGCGAAGAGAUUGGCAGAGUCGAGCACAGGCUCGGAGAGCAGCAGAAGGCGUGCUGGCAGGUGAGCCGUGAAGCCCUCUGCUCUGCUCUCCAGCACCCGGCCCAGAAGUCUUUGUCACUGCGGAGCCCUGGGCCUGGAUCCGACUUCCUGGCUUCAGUGCAGGGGGAGCUGGCUCCUCCCCAGGCCAUUUUAGUAUCUAGAUUUGCAUUCCAAGCCUCGGGAAGGGUCCUGAGGGCCCCUGAGAGGCUGGAAGAGGGAGGAGGCGGGGCUCCCUCCUGUUUCCGUUAGCCCCAGACUCUUCACCAAGUCUGCAGAGCCUCUACCCGGUCCCCUCGCCACAGCCCCUUCUGGGGCCCCGCAUGCCCUCUCCUCCACGCGCCUCCACCCCUCCCUCAGAGACAGGAUUUAUUUCUGUCUGUCCCUCCUUGGCCCACACCCGGCCUGAUCAAGGAUGACCAUUUCUCGGGCCUCUGAACACAGGAGCGAAUGCCUGCACACCGUGGUCCGCAGCACGGUCCCGGGUGCUUUUCAGGGCCCUGGGUGGAUGGGAGACAUCCUGGAGGCCCUAGCAUUUCUCCUGUGCAGGGGACCGGAAGGGCUUGGAAUGUGGCCUGAGAACAAGGAGAUGUCACUGAGGAUGUCCGUGCUCUCUCUCUACAUGGGUUGCGUUUUCCAAAGUCUCAUGCGGGAAGUCAGCAUCUAGUGUGAGGAUGGGCUGAUGGAUGUGUGAGGAGCCCACACUGGGGGGGCCACCUUCCCUCAGAACCGUGGCCCUUUCCUCUGGCCAGAACCUAAGUUGGGGGAUCUCAGAAGACAUGGGAGGAGGGCAGGGGAGAGGCCUGUGGGGUUUUGGCACAGUUAAUUUCACUGGGAUUUUGAGUUACUUUCUGUCUGAGCACAGAGCCUGUUCUAGUCCCGGCCGGACACUGGGGGGUGGGGGUGGGGGUGAUGCUGUCAUGAAACUGGUUAGUCAAUGUUGUCUUUAAUAUUGUUGACAAUUCUGUAAAGUUACUUUUUAUGAAUAUUUCUGUUUAAGCUAUUUCACCUGUUUUGAAAUCCUUCCCUUUUAAGGAGAAAAAUGUGACUCUUGUGAAAAAGCUUGUAAGAAAGCCCCUCCCCUGCCACCCGUUUUUCCUUUAAACCUCUCCAUGACAAAUCUAGUAAUUAAGGUUGUGAAUUUUUAUUUUUGCUUUGUUUUUAAUGAACAUUUGUCUUUCAGAAUAGGAUUGUGUGAUGUUUAAAUGGCAAAAACAAAACAUGAUUUUGUGCAAUUAACAGAGCUACUGCAAGCAAAUAAAACGUUUCUUGGUAA